UUCACGACCACCACGAGCCAACGACUAGCAAAACUCGGUAUGGCCAGCAGCAACUCUGCGUGCCAAUUUGUGCCUAGCGCGGAGAGCGUCGCAGGCAUCGUUGGUCCUAUUGAGGUUGGGGUGCAGAUCUCGAACGUUCUCUACGGGCUCUCGGUGAUCCAGACGUUCGUAUACUUUGCGCAUUUUGGGAAGGACCCAUGGCCUACGAGAGCUGUGAUUGUCACGAUGAUGGGCUUGGAGACGCUGCACCAGGGGUUCAUAGGCGUGAACUUGUGGGACAUGACCGUCCUGGCAUUCCAGAACCAGUUCGCUCUUGACACCAUCUCUCAGGCGUCUGCGGCGGUAGUUAUCAUUUCCGUGCUGAUAAUCGUGAUAGUCGAAGGCUUCUUUUGUUAUAGGCUCUGGCGCCUAUCCAAGAACCCCGUCAUCCCUUUGCUGUGCAUCCUGCUCAGCUUGAUCGGCAGUAUAUCGGCAAUCAUACUUGCGCACCAAGGUCUUACCGAUCCUUGCAAUGCAUCAUACCACUACAAACUCCAGACAACACUCAUUAUUUUGAUGCUAGCAGCACAUGCUAUCUGUGACGUUACGAUUACGCUAGGCUUGGUUUACUAUCUGGUCAGAUUCAGUAGCUUUGGGAUGAGAAAGACAAAUACACGAUUGCACAGGCUGAUUGUAUGGUCCGUUGAAACUGGAAUGCUGACAAGCAUCAUGGCAACACUGUCAAUCAUCUUCUUCCUCAUUUGGCAGAAGAACUAUGCGUGGCGUGGCAUUUUUGGUAUUCUCGCGAACGUCGAAUGCAACAGUCUCCUCGCUGCACUGAACAACCGCCUUCUCCUGAUGAAAUCGACGUCCAUGCAAGAGCUAUCGCACGAGCUCCCGGUUUACUCGCAAAGUGGUUCAAGACCACCGAUACCCGCACAGGACCCGAUUGUGAUUUCGGUAAAUCAAAUAACCCAGAGAGACCUGUCGGAUGAAAUGCACACCGACCGCGCGGCCUACUUGGACUACAAGUAGGCAUAUUCCGUGUACCCACGAUAACUUAUCAGCCACCCUCCGCUCGUUUCAGCGUUUCAGCUCUUCGUUUUCUGUUUAUCAUACUUACCUUGACUUCGCAUAUGGCUGAAUCAUGGAACAAUGUACAUGGUAUACAAUAUAC